AUGCUGCUUCUCCUGCUGGGCUGUCUCCUGCCUGCCGCCAACGGGAGGAGCUGCUUCCACUGCUGGCCAGAACUGCCAGCCUUGAUAGACUACGACCUGCAGAUUCUUUGGGGCACUCCAGGGCCCCCCGCAGAGCUCUCCCAGAAUGAGGAUCAUCUGGAGGAAGAAACAGCCAAAUUGUUCGAUCACGUAGAUCAAGCCAUUAAGAAGUUGCGAGAUGAUAAACCGUUACUUCUGGAAGAGAUUCAAGUCCAUAAGCAGCUGUUCUGCGAGAGGCUGGAUGAAGUAUCCGAGGAGUUGAUGGAGAAGGACCUACUCUUCCCACGGGAGGUCAUCAACUGUGCCAACUGCAGGACACACUUCCUCACCUGCAAGGACCCCACCCUCUGCCCAGCCGUGACCCGGAGGACCCUCGUGUGGGCUGUGAGCCUCGGCAUUGCUCUGCCCCUGGCAGCCAUAGCUGGAGGUGGAUGUUACGUUUGCUGGCGCAAGAAGAAGAAGAAGAGGGCAGAAGAGGGAACAGACCUCACACUCAAUGAGGGGGACACCAGUGCUCGGCACCGCUCCUCCCUCGAGCUCUUGGGCUGCACGUGA